UGAGUGAGUGACAUAUCUAUAAUAUAUAUUAUAUCUAUAACAGAAAGUUUUGAAAAACUUAACCAGUUUUCCUAUAUAUGUCUACUAUCCAGAACUUAAACGCAUUUGAUCCUUUUGCUGACACUGGAGAUUCGGAAGCUCAGCCAACGAACUACAUUCAUAUCCGUAUUCAGCAACGUAAUGGACGUAAGACAUUAACUACUGUUCAAGGUUUACCAGCAGAAUAUGACUUGAAGAAGAUCUUGAAGGUCUUGAAGAAAGAUUUCGCCUGUAACGGUAACAUCGUUAAGGAUGAAGAAUUGGGAGAAGUUAUCCAACUUCAAGGUGAUCAAAGAGUUAAGGUCAGUGAAUUUUUGACUACUUCUUUACAACUUCCAAAGAAGAAUAUCAAGAUUCACGGUUUCUAA